AUGCACCAGUUGACAAGCGAACACCGGCAUGGUGCACCGAGUCCAACACACGAAGCCGAGGCUCAGUACCAGAGGAACAAACCUCACAACCGCAUCCGCGCCGCAGAAAAGGAGAUCGACAAGCCAUCGACAUAUAAGCUAUCAAGAACUCCUUCCGGAAGUACACCACUGACACUGUUUACAGCCACAGCGAAAAGUUGCUCAGGGUCUGACGCAGCUUCCUACUUGGAGGAAGAUGUGGCUUCUUUUGAGGACGAUGACAUCCAUGUGGAUCACUGGCCUGAGCGCUCAUUCCAAUCACAAAACCUUCCAACGCCAUCGUUCGCCCCUCAGCAUGGCCGGCAAGUGUUCUCUCCUCGUCCACGUCCAGUAAGCGGUCUGCAGAGGACAGUCCCAGCGCAGCUACCGAGGACUGUCGGCCACCUGUCGCUAAAGACGGCGAGGGGUGCUCCCUCUGUGGGUGGUGUGCCUGGUUCUCGGUCUGCUCUGCCUCUCCCUGGUGUUUCUCCCCGUGCCCCUUCCCGACCCUCGCCUAACUUUCCAGCGUUUGCCCCGAGAGACGCUUACGUCAAGCUCUCCUUCAACGGGAAUCCAUCCAUGGACACAAAGCUGCGAUGGUUGUCUGCUAUUAACAAGGCCUUUCAAUUACAACGUGAUCUGGCUGUGGUCAAGACUGCUGACGUCAACUGGUUUGUAUACAUCUCUUGCCAGCGGACGGAAAUCCUUGAGCAUGUCAAAUGUGAUGAUUUCCUGUCACUCACUCCUCACGACUCAUCUGAGAGGUCCCAUAAGUUCCCUAGCUAUAUUCUCACACGUUUUCCCGUUGAUGUGGAUCAUCGACUGGCUGAGACACAUCAUGGUGUGCACUCUCCCCGACGCUUUAUACGGGAUGAGUCAUCACCCAUGAACCACAUUGUUGUUGUUUGGAGUCUUCCUGACCGGGCCCCACACACUAUCACCUUUGACUUCUUUCCCUGUCUUCCUGCGUGUGAAGUGCGGAAACUCCACAAUGACCAGCCUUGGUGUUACAGGUGCUGGGGUGUUGAUCGCAUCUCCAGGUACUGCUCUGCCCUGCCUAAAUGUGCUUGGAGUGCUGCAUGUCAUGACUCCAGGACGUGUCCAGUUAAGAGUGAGCCUUCGCGCCCAGCUGCAUCCUCUACCACCCCCGGGCCUUUGUCUCUUGCGGACGUGUCGCGUUGGAUGUGUCCCCGCUGCUUACUUGGUGGUUAACGUCUGGCAUGGCUGUGUUCGACGCCAAGUCCAGCCACGAUCCCCGACCGGACCGCCCUCUCCACCGCCUACUUCUUCCCCGCCUAUUCUCUCCACUACCUCUGCUUCUCCACAAGACCUGGCCCUCCGCAAGUCCGUUGCUUUCUUCCAGGCACGGUGCGCUUGCACCGUGCCAUCAAGGUACCGCUUCGCUUGCCUUGAUGACAGGAUUGACGGUCUGCUUACUGCUCAUGCUGCUACUGACUCUCUACCUUGGUUGAAUCCCAGCAGACCAUCGUCGAUUCUGUCAACUUACUCGCUGGAUCAAUUGCUUGGACAAACUCUUUGAGUUACUCCCUAUUUCUGGCCAGUCCUCCCCUGCUCGCUCGUCUUCUGCCACUUUCCGGUCUCCUUCGUCGCUGAUUCUACACUAGAUACACUCUCUUGGAACGUCUUAUCAUCCACACGUAAUUUUUCUCCAGGAAGCAUUUCCAGGCCAGCCCCACAGCGGGCAGGCUCCUUUCCUAAACGGUGAUGUUCCUUAUGUCCAUAUGGUACGGAAUAGUCUCCAAACCUACAUCCAUAGUUCUCUGACGCACCGACUUCUUCGCACCGACUUCUUCGCAUCUCCACCGACCUUGACGUAACUUUUCAGCUUUCUUGUGGUCACCGUAGGGAGUGCUGUCUUACAGCUUUGUAAUGUUUACUAAUGUUUGCCCCUGCUCGCCUUCAUCCUGUUGCUCUUCUUCCUCCUACAGUGUAAGGCAUGGUGUAUUUGGGGAUUUCAAUGCGAUCGUUCUAGCCCCUCCAAUCGUCCUGAUGUUCUCUUCUAUUAUCGUACAUCCGUAGCCGUCACCUGACGCGCUGGGACACUGGCGACACCACUCACUCCUGGGGCUGCUACUCUGGGCCACGUCCUCAUCUUUGGCUUAGUUGCAGCCCGAGUCCAGUGCUCCUCCUGGCUUUAUUUGAUCUCGUUGUCCUUCGAUUUCGCUAUUCUCUUCCUGCUUUGCCUGCUUCUGCUUCACAUCUGCGCAUUACUGUGCCCCGUAAGUACUGCCAGAUGUAUAUCUUGUAUAUGGCUUGCAUGUUGCCUACUCUUGACUGUACUUCACCUGAUCAGUUUUACUCCAGCCUUGUCUCUGCCACACAUGACUUUCACAGGUUGUACGUCUCAAGGCCACACUUCCGCUCACUCCUGGACUCUGGACACGCCUGUUCAACAGGCAAGGGAAGAAACCGAACGGGUUGGUCUCUUGUUUCAAGCGAACCCAUCUCCUGAAUUGCUUCGUUACCGACAGUCUAAGGAUGCUCUAACAGCCCUAUUGAAGUGCGUGAGUAAUGAAUCUUUGCAAAGGUUCACGGACAGUAUUAAUCAUCAGACUAGUGUGGCUUCCAUGUGGCAUCUUGUCCACCGAGUGGCAAAGAAGACGCCUUCCAGUGCCCGCCAUCACACAGCUGGCGAAUACACCUGACAACUGUUGAUGCAUGAUGGUAGCAGUCCAUCUCAGCCAACCUCUCUCUUCAUAUACGAGAUGCUCUCUCUUUCGGUGGUCUUGACCGUUAGCUCCGCCUGGUAUCUACCCUGUUACAAGAGGAUGACUAGGAUUCUGUAUCGAUCAUCGAGGGUGAGUUGUGCCGUGCUUUUUCUGCUCGUCUCCUGGUGAUGAUGGCAUUACUUGUGCUGCGCUACAACUACUGCAACAAGUUUCUGGUAAUACUUUACUGCGUCUCUUUAACCUUUGUCUUCGUGAUGGGUUCCAACUGCAAGCCUAGACCAGCAGCACUAUCAUACCCAUCCCAAGCUCGGUACAGCAAAGUUCAGGCCCAUUUCUCUUACUUCCUGCUUUUGUAAGGUAAUGGAAAGAAUGUUGUUGAACAGUUUCAUGUACCGCCUCCAGGACCACCUCUCUUUAAGUCUGUUUGGAUUUCUUCCUCAGCGUAGCACUCACCACUGCCACUACUUAUACUCUUGCCUAUCCCGAGAAAACGUGGCGACCUUUGUUGACCGUAAGAGUGCGAUUGACAUUGCUAACAGGGACAUCAUUCUGCACCAGCUCGUCGACUUUGAUACCAAUCAUCUUACAGUGGAUUAGGAGUUACCUUAGUAAUAAGACCUCCAGUGUGUUCUUCAGCUCGGUUCUUUACAGGAUUUUCUUUUUGGUACGCCUCAAGGGAGUGUCUUUAGUCCCUUUUGGUUCAACAUUUUAAUGCACCGGCUACUCACUACUCACUACUCACUACUCACGUGCUAUCACCUGAUAUGCAGAUGAUUUGUGUAUCCAUUCCAAUUCACCAGGAAAUCUUCAGUUAUUUUUUGACUUAGAGGAGAUUCUCUGUGGCCUCCUCUAACUGUUUCUCCAGAGAAAAACAGAAUUUUCUCCUGCCACUCUAUCAGAUUUCACCACUGAAGAAACUGCAGUCCCUUUGUGCACCAGUAUCGUUACCUUGGUGCAUCUGUCAAGAUUUCAGCAGCCCAACUCCCGGACCUAUCUAUCGUCCGUGACCUGAUGGAUCGCCUCCAGAGACGACUACAACCUUUUCAGUGCUCAAAAGUAACACUUCAGGAAUCUCCAACCUUGUGGCCAGGAUAUUAUAUAUGACUCAUUCGCUCUCUCGUCGAUUACCUCUCCCCUGCCUUGAUUCUGUUUUCUCGGACUGCUCUGGAACCUCUAAGAAAAUUACAGAAUAGAGCAAUGAAAAUCCUUCUUGGCUGUACUAUGUCUACUAGGAUUGUUAACAUGCAGCGUGAACUAUGCCUUUUACUAAGAUUGUUAACAUGAAGCGAGAGCUAUGCCUUUUCACCAAUGGUCGAGAAAAUAUACUCCAAUGUCACUUGCCUCACUUUCAAGUGCCUCCACUUUCUAUAUCUCUGUCCCUAUUACUGGCAGGUGAUCAUGUCCUCUCUGUCCCACCUCACCUGUCCCUCCGAUACUGCCCACUGGUCGUGUUCUUAUCAGAUCUGUUUCUUCUUUGCUGUGUAGCCUUAAUAAGGAUAUCCUCGCUGCUGACGUGCACCCAGGCUCACACCCCACCCCCCCCUGGAUGCUACCAACGGGAGAGGUAAUCGCUUAGCUAAGGAAGCCUAGCCGCCUACCACCUCGUUAUGAUGGGCGCCCUCUCUUCCUCUCCUGCUACCUCUCCAGACUCCGCUCCUCUGCUCUCCUCCCAGUGCGGCGCCGCAGGGAUGCAAAGACCCUUCAGCGUCACAAUUAUCCACUACGAGUCUGUCUGUUACUACGAGGACAGCCGCUGGAUGUAGUAUGCCGUCACCUUGUCCUCCACUACACCCUAGAAGAGAUUUUUGUGCGUUUCCCUCGUUUCGGGGGAUUCACAUAAUUAUUAAUACCUUGUGCCUGAUGUGACUUCUAAUUUAAAUAAAUUAACUCCACCUUGAUUUGUUUUGAUUUGCUGUGUUUUCGUGUGCACGUGCGUGUGUUUGUGUAUUUCUGUCUGUGUCCUAAUUUCUGUAUCUACGUCUGUUUCCUUUGUCCUGUGUGUGUGUGUGUGUGUGUGUGUGUGUGUGUGUGUGUGUGUGUGUGUGUGUGUGUGUGUGUGUGUGUGUCUUUCUGUAAACAGUAUUUUGUCAAAA